CGACUCAAAACAUGGCAAGACUCUGGACUCUUGGAAUUGUUCUGCUGGUCUGCAUCCUUGAAAGGAGCAAUGCUGGAGAACCAUGCUCGGAUCUUAAGUAUUGCAUUCACCCAUCACAGUGCCCAGAAACCCAGCAAAUUAUCUACCGAAGCAUUGAUACGGUAUUCUGCAAUGACUUUCAAGUUUGCUGCAAGAUUGAGGAAAAAGAGGAUGAGGAUAAAAAGCCAUCAAAAGAUUACUCACAAUGCGGCGUCUCCAAUUCUGAAGGCUUAGGCUUUCUGUUACAAACUUCAGAGGAAGCCAGACCUGGAGAAUUUCCCUGGACGGUGGCGUUUUUCAACAAGGGACAGUAUUUUGCCGCCGGGUCGCUGUUGGCUCCGGGUAUAGUCCUUUCAGCUUAUCAUAUCAUGAAUGAAGUGAAUCUGGAAGAUCUUCGGAUCAGAGCAGGCGAUUGGGACCUGAAUUCUACCCGUGAGACCUUCAAGCCGCAGGAGAGAUCUGUGGCCCGCAUUGAGUCCCACGAAGACUUCCGUAUUAGGACAGGAUCCAGUGAUUUGGCGCUAUAUUUCUUGGAAACGCCCUUCGAACUGGCGGAUCACAUCCGGACCAUUUGCUUACCAGAAUCAGACACUAGUUUCGAAGGCAAGGAGUGCUUGAUGAGCGGAUGGGGAAAGAAGAAUUUCACGGACGAGAAUUUCUCGACAGUAUUGAAGGUAGCAGAUUUGCCUCUGGUGAACUUCACAGACUGCCAGUCCCGACUACGAACCACACAGUUGGGUAAUACCUUUCAUCUGCCUGAAAGUCUACUGUGCGCUGGCGGAGAGGAGAAUGAAGAUGCCUGCACUGGCGAUGGAGGAUCUAGCCUGUUUUGCCCUAUGACGGAGGACCCAUCUCGCUACGUCCAGGUUGGUAUCGUCAAUUGGGGUAACGGUUGUGGUAAGAAGGGCAUCCCGGGAGUCUACACUGAUGUGCUCUAUUUCCGAGAUUGGAUUCGGCAGAAAAUGACAUCAGUCCCUGAAGUGUCACCCCCGACUAGGUCCAAGUCUCCCCAACUGAUGGGAAAUUAUAGGAAAUGAGUUUUCAAUCCAGAUUUUAAAUAAAUAACAACCUAUAUAUCUUAAUAAUUAAAGAAUCUUAUGUAAUUCUCUUUAUUUUUUCGUCAAUAAAACUUUUCUUAGAGAUUCUAAGAGUGAAUUAUAA